UACGGGGCGGAGCCACCAAGCCCGGCCUAACCGACCCGGCCGGAGGUCCAAGCAGAGGGGAAGAGCAGUGCCUGGACCCUGCGCUCGCUGAGCGCCCUCCAAGGUAGGCGAGCCCCGCGAUCUGCGGGCAGGUCAACCCUCCCGCCCCCCAGGAAUCCGUCUUCAUCCUUCUCACCUUUUGGAAAUUGGAGUGGACAUGCCCCCCCUGCUGUGUCUGUUCACCAACAGCAAGAAGGCUGGCUCAAGCAUUGAGCUGUAAAUGUCUUUGAAUUAUUUUGGUAAACUGCACAGUCACCUGAGAUUUAGCCAGCUGACACUGGAUGUCACCAUUGUGCCGUGUAAUGUCGCUGCAGAACAGCUGGACUUCACAAUGACAGCAGUAACAGUGACCACGACAGUUCCCCUGAAGGGGAAGAUAGAAGAUAAUUCUGCCUUGUAUGAGUCCACCUCAGCUUACAUUAUUGAAGAAACCGAAUAUGUGAAAAAGAUUCGAACUACUCUGGAAAAGAUCCGAAAUCAAAUAUUUAAAGAUGAAGUAAGACAUAAUAGUACAAAUCACAAACAAGAUGCAAAGCACUGGCGACACAUUCAAAAUGGCUUUGACUCUGAAAUGGAUCCGUCUUGUUGCGGUUUGGAUCUGCUCAUGGAAAGGAUAAAAGGAAAAGACCUACAGCUCUUAGAAAUGAACAAAGAGAAUGAAGUGUUGAAAAUCAAGCUCGAAGCCUCCAGAGAAGCAGGAGCAGCGGCUCUGAGAAAUGUGGCCCAGAGAUUAUUUGAAAACUAUCAGAUACAGUCCAAAGAAGUUAGAAAGAAGCAUGAGGACAGUAGACACUUACUCCAGGUUAACACACUUGAAAAAGAACAGAAAUUGAAGCAACGUGUUGAAAAUCUGAAUCAAAUUGCUGAAAAGCUUGAAGAAAAACAUAAUCAAAUCACGGAACUGGAGAACCUUGUACAGAGAAUGGAAAAGGAAAAGAGGACACUGCUAGAAAAAAAACUGUCUUUGGAAAACAAGCUGCUGCAUCUCAAAUCCAACGCUACAUAUGCUAAAAGUUCCAGUUGCCAGGAUCUUCAAAAGGAGAUUUCCCUCCUCCAGGAGCAGAUCUCUCAUCUGCAGUUUGUGAUUCACUCCCAGCAUCAGAACCUGCGCAGCGUCAUCCAGGAGAUGGAAGGCUUAAAAAAUAAUUUAAAAGAACAGGAUAAAAGAAUUGAAGAUCUGAAAGAAAAAGUUAACGUACUUGAAGCCCAGAACAAAGAACUAAAAACCAAGGUGGCACUUUGGUCUGAAAUUCCUGGGCCGAAGGUAUCCAAGGCUGUCUCUACAAGUGAAUUGAAGACUGAAGGCAUGACCCCAUAUUUCAUGUUGGUUAGGCUACGGAAAUGAGCCGCCUGGCUGAAGGUCUGAAUGAGAAAGAUCACUACCUGCGUCUUAUUUACUCCUUGAAACACAGUCUAAAUUUACAUAUUAAAACUGCUCAAUGCCAGUAUUUAAUGGAAUGUAUUGUAUUUAAUGUAUACAUCACUAACUUUGCAGGAAGAUGACAUUUCAGAAAAUCAAACCAAUAUAUAUUCAAAGAAAGGAACUCUUUCUUCAAAACUUACUAAUGGAUGAAGAAACCAGAUGCUUUCCCAUGAUGGAAGAUGAAUUUUGCUUUAAACUUUAAAAAGAAAAAACUGAAUUUUUUUUUUUUGGCAGAUUUUUGCUGAAGGGACUGGUUAAGGUUGUCAACUUUGACCUUUUGAUAGUGGUUUUUAUGUACAGUCAUCCCUAGGUAUCCACAGGAGAUUGGCUCCAAGAGCCCCCUCGGGUACCAAAACCCAUGCGGAUGCUCAGUCCCAUAUAUAAAACAGCAGAGUGCAGUUGGCCCUCUGUAUCCAUGGUUUCCACAUCCAUGGAUUCAACCAAUCGUCAGUGUGGAACCUGCAGGUACAGAGGGCUGACUGUACAUAAAUAUAAGGAAGAAUAUACAGGAAUGCUUCCUUUUAGUAUGCUUCACAGACUCUGUGUUUUUUUUUUUUACAAAUUGAAGGUUUGUGGCAACCUUGCAUUGUCAGAUGAUGGUUAGCAGUUUUGGGCAAUAAAGUGUUUUUAAAUUAAGGUAUGUAUCUAAAUAUUUUUAGAUAUAAUGCUAUUGCACACUUAACAGGCUACCAUAUAGUGUGAACAUGACUUUUAGAUUCACUGGGAAACCAGAAAUUUCAUGUGACUCGCUUUAUUGUGAUAUUCUCUUUAGUUUGGUGCUCUGGUACUGAACCUGCGAUAUCUGUGUGUGUGUAUGUGUGUGAAUAAAUGAUAUAUUUUAAAGUUGA